CACGGAGACGUGUGGAUUGUCUCAACAGCCUCUUUUGACUAGUCCCAGUUGGUACCGGCCAGAGGAUUCCUCCUUUUUGCUGAGGGGAAGGUUGGAGGGGAAAUGGCCGCCACACAAGAAGUGCCUCCUCCGGCGCUGGGCCUCCAUUUUUUGUACCCGUUAGAAGACACGCUGCCGCCGCGGGUGAAAAUGGAGGACCCUGGGCCGUCGUGCCCCGAAGCAGGGUGGGAAUGGGAUGCUGCAGGGAAGGCCCCCCUCGUCGUCCAGGCCGGCACCAUUAGUGAUUUGCUGAGGUGGGCGACCCCUCCCCAGGUGAGGAGCGACCCCAUCCCGCAGCUGUGGGAGGUUCAGUGCCAGGAGAUGGUGCAGACCCCCAUGGCAGUGCCGCCCCCGCCGCCUGCCUGGGGGAACCUCCAGCUCCCCGAGCUGGCGCCCGUGGAUGACAUCGAGGCCUAUCUGUCGUCCUUCGAGCGGGCGGCCGAAACCUGCCAGUGGCCGAGGGGAGAGUGGGUGACCCGCCUCAUGCCGGCCCUCAGCGGGAAAGGCCAGCCGCCCCAAAACGGCCUGGACUCCAGGAGCAGCCGGGGAGACCACAGGAAGUCCAAGUCCUCCGGCCUGCGAGGGGAGGCCGGGCCCAGCGUGGAGACGCAGCGCCAGCGCUUUCGGCAGUUCCGCUACCAGGACUCGGAAGGCCCCCGGGAGGCUUGCCGGAGACUGAGGGAGCUCUGUCGCCGCUGGCUGAAGCCCGAGAGCCGCACUAAAGAGCAGAUCCUGGAGCUGCUGAUCCUCGAGCAGUUCCUGACCAUCUUGCCCCAGGAGAUCCAGAACUGGGUGUGGGAGCGAGGCCCAGAGACGUGUGCCCAGGCGGUGGCACUAGUGGAAGGCUACCAGAUGGGACGGCGAGAGGCAGGCAUGUGGGAGCAACAGGUUACAGUACGGGUGAAAGUUGAGCAGGUAAGCCCGCAAGAGAUGAUUUUGCCCGGAGCGCCAUGGGAACCUCCUGCCCCACUGCUGCCCCACCUUGACUGCUUAUCCUCAACAGAAGUAACACUAAACCAGCCUCCCCUCAUCCCUGCUCUCAAGAUGCCCUGCAUCCCCAAACAGGAGCCCCGAGGACUUCAGGAAACAGGUGCCCUGAUGGUAAACGGGAGCCGAGAGGAGAACCCUUUGCAGGGAGGUGCCAUGGACGUGGAGCCUCACAGGGCGUUUCCUUCCGGGAAUUCCCAGGAAAACAUGGCGGCUGAAAACCGUGGUGGCGAGAGAGCCAGCCAGCCUCACGAAGAGAGGUGUGGUGAAACAGGAGAGAAUCCGGCUGCGCGCCCCGUCCCCAGCGGAGCCUCCCACCCGGCAGGAAAGCCCCUCCACCGGUGCUCAGAAUGCGGGAAAACGUUCAGCCGCAACUCGCACCUGCUCACCCACCAGAGGAUCCACACGGGGGAAAAGCCCCACCAGUGCCCCCAGUGCGGAAAGCGCUUUGGCCACACCUCCCAGCUGACCCGGCACCAGAGGACCCACGCCUCGGAAAGACCCUUCCGCUGCGCCCAGUGCAGCCGGAGCUUUUACCAGAGCUCGGAGCUGACCAGGCACCGCGCGUCCCACGCCAGGGACCGCCCUUACGGGUGCAGCCAGUGCGGCAAGAAGUUCCGCUGGAGCUCCGACCUCAUCCGGCACCAGAUCACCCACACGGGAGAGAGACCGUACAAAUGCCCCGAGUGCGGGAAGAAGUUCGGGCAGAACUCGCACCUCGUUCGGCAUCGGAGAACCCACACGACUUAGCGGGAGAUCUUCCCCCGAUGGAAGGAAACCUAAAUUGCCCUGCGCUGAGAAUUCACCGGGGGCCAAAGCAUGGACCGUGCUCACCACCAAGUUUGGUGCCGUUGUGGGCCAGAUGACUGGUGUCCGUUCAGCUUGACGUCUGCAGAUCGUUAUCUGUCAGGGAGGCUUAGUUAGAAUGAAUUCUAUUUACGUGCAAAGCGGGAGGGGCAGUGUGGCUGGUUUCCGGUUUCCAUUUUGUGUCUCGCCAGAAGCUCCACAGCACAACCAGACUGAGCGGUCCAAGAAGAUGCCCAGUCUUGCUUGGCUUGGCUUCUUGAACCGAUAACAUUGUGGUGGCACCAGCUGAAUGUCUCUUCUCUCUCUUUCUCUCUCUCUCUCUUUCUCUCUUUCUCUCUUUUUUAUAGGAAAGGCGAUAGAUCUUCUAGUCCUCUAGACAGGUUUAUUGUUACAUAACACAGCCUGUAUUUCCGUAUGCCAAGAUCAUACCUUUGUAGCAAAACAAAAGCAAUGUAUUUUUUAGAGAAGACGGUCCGUUCUGUAUUUGGGGAAGCGGGGAAUCUUCAGAACAGUGGAGAUCCCUCUUGGGGAAGCUGCUUUGGUACUUUGUUUUUUCCUGGGUGGUGGUGGAAAUCACAGCUUUGAUAAACAGGAGAGUUGUCAA